CUCAUCAGCAUCUUCUCCUACAAUCACCAACACUCUUCUACACACUCAUCCACCAACUCUUUGUUGUAUAUCAACCACUUCCACAUUCAAAAUGCAGUUCUUCGCCGUCGCCGCUCUCUUCGUCGCCAGCGCCUUGGCCGCCCCUGCUGGCGAUGAAGGUUGCCCAGGUGGUAUCCUUCACAACGUCCCGCUGUGCUGCGCUACCAAUGUGCUCGGUGUCGCUACCCUCGACUGUGGCACUCCUACUGUGCCCGUCCUCACUCCUGCCCAGUUCCAGAGCCACUGUGCUGGCAAGGGCAAGCAGCCUGUCUGCUGCAGCAUCCCCGCUGCUGGCCUGGGACUCCUUUGCGAGAAGCCCGUCGGAACCCAGUAGAGCGCUAGCUGUACUUUGGAUGGUGAACCCCGUCCAAGGCAUCACGGGGUUCACAAACACAGGUAUUUUGGGGCUCGCAAAUGGGAGUAUUUGGAUGGAUAUAGGCAAUGGAUCAUGGUGGGGGAAUUAAUGGUAGAUUUGCGAGCAGGACAUAAUUGUAUGUAGAGUCACUCAUUUAAAACAAAUCGAAUAUCACUGGGGGAGCUUUGUUCCCUUAUUUGUGAGUUUUUCCUGAAUGUCCAAAUGAUUCAACAGCGGUGAUGGACCUCAAACAUGAUCAAAUGCUAUAAGAAAGGUUUGAGGAGCCAUGAUCGUAUGGAAACUUACACAUAUCACGCCGUUUUCACUAUCUAUAGACAAAUAUAUACCUAUGCCAUGUCC